AUGGUGAAUUCCAUGAAAAAUGGGGUUACAACGAUCUCAGUGACAUCUUCAGAAGACUCGGCUUCUAGCCUUCCUACGACUUCAGAUUCCGACAUGACUUCACAAAAGAAUGUCACACUAUCUGGGUCUUGUAUCAACAAUCUGUCAGACAAAAUAUUUCGCAAGAUUGGUCAUUUGGUCGCGGAUUGGCCUGUUACUAUCUUAGUCGUACGUUAUUUCACAAUUUUGGGGCUUUUUACCUAGUUUAAAGAUUAUUUUAAGCUGUGCGUGAGAAGUACAAGAUCAUAUUAAUUUAAAAAAUUUGAAAAAAGCCGUACAAAGUCCAACAACUUACUACAACAACAUUCCUUUUCAGAUAAUCUCAGUGUUCACCCUAGCUACCUCACUUAAAGUCGCAAUAACAGAACAAGAAGAUGACCUCCGUACAGGCUACACUCCUGUUGGCGCCAGAAGUCACGAUGAGUUUGCUGCCUACGAAAAGUUCUAUGAUAAUAUCGGCGGUGAACCUUUGAACACGAUUUUGUUUGUAACGCCAAAAGGUGAAAAUGGAAACAUGAUUGGAGCUGCAGAGCUGAAUGAGACAAUGCUACUGGUCGAUUACAUCGGAGUCAACUUCAACUUGACCAGUCGAUCUUUCUACAAAUUCUGCACGGAUUUCUGCGAAAUGAACGAGCCGAUCAGGCAGUUUAGGGUGGGUUUUUAGGUCGAAUCUUAAAUCAUGACUAAAAAACUUGAAAUUAUUAAAAGUACAGUAUCUUUACCACGCUUUCAAUGAGUUUAUUUCAACUUUUGGAACUUUUUCCAGGCUUAGAAUAGCAUAAAAGGGAUGAAACAGCGCAAAGCUAUUAAAAAUUGCCUUUGUAAGGCAUUUUCUAUAAACUUUUUGCCCAAACCAACAGUGUUUUUUUUUAACUUUAAAAAUUGUUAAAGUCAUCAACUUUUUUAAUUUUUAAAAAUCGCUCUUCUAGAAUGCCAACAAAUACUAUCCUUAUUUCUUUUCAGAACGGCAUAGUUCUCCACGAAGAGUUGGUUAAACUCAAUCAGACGUCCGUAGACGCUUCAGAUGAUCGUCUAGAAUUAUCAUUCCCUUUCAUGUCAAUCCUAGGCAAGCAGCUCGACUUGUCGCCAAACUUUUUCGGAGCAGAAAAGUACGAAACAGAAGAAGAACAACGGCUAGCUGGUUCUCCAACAAACAUCAAGAAGCUGAAGCUGAUUCUGAUUCAAUUUAGAGCUGACAAACCAGCCAAUGCUUCGAAAAGUGACGUGGACAAGUAUGAACGACAGAUCACUGAUUUUGUUAACAAGUAAGGUUUUAGGUAGUGAAUUUCGCAUAUUUUUUAAAAUUUUAAAAACAGAAAGAUUUUUAAACUCUUAAAGUUGCCACAGUCGUAUUUUACACAUUUUUUUUACAAAUUUUGACAAAUGAUUAUCAAAAGUCAUAAAGCAAAGAUGCAGCUCACACUCUUCGACAAGAUUUAUAUUUUUUGCUUCAAAUCGCCUGCGGCGACGCCCUUUUGCGAAAUGUUUAUUUUUUGCAAAAUUUUAUUUAUUAGGGCAUCCCUGCUUCUUCUAUGAUCGAUCGUCCCCCUCCCUUUUUUUAAAGUCUGGAAAUUCAUUUAUCAAUCGAGUUGUAACAGAACUCGGUUUCCGGUCGGCAACUUGUUAAAACUAUUUGUUAACAUUAAAAACGGCUUAAAAUUAGUUUUAAAUCUUAUUUAAAACAAUUUUUUGUUUUAAAUUUUCUUUCAAAGUUCAUUAAAGGUUUUAGAAUACAAAAAUUGAGUGAUUAAGGGAGUAAACCAUAAAGUAGACAAAGAGAAAGUUUAAAAGAGUUUGGUAAAUUAGAUCAACAAAGAUCACUCUUUUCAACAUUCAAAACGAAACUUUUUUUUGUAUACAAACUACUUUUGGAACUUACAAAAGAAUUUGCAGAAAAAAUUAUAUAGGGUUUUUGAAGUUGUAGUAGAUGGCCUUUAUAACAAGGAAGAAGGGGUGAGAAAUGGAUCGGCCUUGAGCUAAAGUUAUAUCGGAUUGAAACUCAAGGCCCGGCCCGUUGCACGUAAAAAAAAUUGGGUCGGAUCUGGCUUCACAAAUUGGGUCGGACCUGGCUUCACGAGGUAAAAAUGAAAACGGGCCUCAUCUUAUAUUUACAUGAUCCUUCAAUAUGAAAAGUUUGAAGUUAAUCAGAACGAGGCAGGUCGGGCACUUUCCUUGUAAGUAGAGGCUUUUCAGGGCUUGUAAGGAGUAAGCUUAACUACUAGAAAGAACAUAUAGUUUAUAGCCACAUUUUAGACUGAGCAGGAUAUGCGGGCGAGAAACGAAAAUGGAGCCGGGCUCAACUUCUAAGCUCGGCCCGAUUGUAGGGCCGGGUUGGGUUGGGCCUACACGGCUUGGUUCGCACCCUUAUUAUGAUUAAACAAACUUUCUGUUCAAGUAAAAGUUACAGUAACUUACAAUUAAAAUUUUUUAACUUUAAUUUUGACCUUUAUAUUAUGAAAUAAGGUGUAAGUAACAAGUAUUUGUUGAUGACGCAAUUGAAAUCGCCGAAUUCGUUAACCCCACCCGCACAACGGUAUUGUAAAGUAUACUCUGUAAAGGGCGUAAUUGACACGGAACUUCUCGAAUAUUUAUUGCGAGACAUAAAACACAAACUGUGAACGUCAAUUUACAACUGUAACGUUAUGAACGAGUAUAUGAGUUGGGAAAGGCACGUAGAUGGAGUUUGUGAUGUGAUUGUGGUGAUAUUACUAUUGUGAUGUUAUCACUUUGGUGAAUAAGGCGCAUAACUUGUUUUUGUGGUCAAUAUAAGAUUGAAAACAAUAAAAAAUGUAAAAAAUGGCAUGAAUAAGCUACGCAUUACAUUCAAAAACAGUACCAAAGCAUAUAACAACAACAUGUUUAAUAACGGUUACUGUAACAAAAAGCUCAAAAUAAAAUUUUUCAGAGAAUACAAGGGCCAAACGAUUCGCCCUCUAGCUCUUACUGUAACUCUAGCCAGAGAUGAGAUCAUCAGAACAGGCAUGACACUGUUCCCUUAUCUAUCAGUCGGCUUUACCAUCAUGGUUACCUUCUCCAUCAUCUCUGUAUUCCUAAGUGCUUUCUACUACAAUCAAUGGACAAAACAUAAGUUAUCAUUGGCUAUUGUUGGUUGUGUAUGCCCAUUGUUGGCUACUUCUAGUGCUUUGGGCUUCUUGUUUUGGUGCAAGUUCAGGUUUGGUACCAUCUUGGCGGUUACUCCGUUCUUGGUCAUGGCUAUCGGUGAGUUAUUCGUAUUAAUUUGGCUCUUUUUAGAGUUUGCAAGUCUUUUUACUGUGAUAACUUACAGUAAAUUUUUUUAGUUAGUGUUUUCUUUGCAUUUGUGUUUUUGACGAAAUGUCACAUUGAUUCUUGACAUUUUGUCAAAAUCUGAGUUUCUAUAGGCAAUCAAAAUAAUGAUAAAAAGUAAAUCUAAUAUGGCGUAAAAAGUAAUCUUAACUUAUUUUGACAUAAAAACUACAUACUUUGUCUAUUUGUCUAUGUACAGUAUUAUGUUCACAAUAGCUACUAAAAUUUCCACUAUAACAUUCUCUAAUACUACUAUAAUAUUCUUUAAUUUACUAAAGCGUCUACUAUAACAUUCUCUAACCCUUCCUAACUUUAGGCGUGGACGACGCUUACCUAAUGAUCCAUUCUUGGCAACGAAUCUGCUCAAAACAAUCAAAGAAACGAGCUCUAGCUCCUCGCAACGCCAUUCUCGGAGAUUCCCUUCGAGAUCGUGUGGCAGAAGUUAUGGUAGAUGUGGGUCCAUCGAUCACAAUCACAUCCCUAACAAAUAUUCUGGCGUUUUGUGUCGGAGUUUUGUCUCCAACUCCAGAAAUCAGCUUGUUUUGUGCUGGAAAUGCGAUGGCCAUCUUCUUCGACUACGUUUAUCAGUUGUUCAUGUAUGGUCCGGUUAUUGCGAUAGUAGGAAGAUACGAAAUGAAGGAUGAGGAGGCUAUGGACAAGAAGAAGGCUGAGGAUGAGAAUUGGGUUAGACAGGUGCUCAGGGAGAAGGUAGGUAAUGAUCGUAGCUUUAAAAAUUAAUUCUUUAGUCUAUUAGGUUGUUCAAAUAAUUCUAUGCUCUCUAGCCGCUGAAAUUUUCUUUGAGAGGGGCACAAAAUUAAUUGAGCAAUCUAAUAGUUAUACGUAUUUUUGUUUUCUGACACUUGAAUACCUCAAAGAAACUCACAAUAAGUAUAUUUUCAGUUACUAUCCUUCAUGUCCAACUAUUGUGCCUGGAUAUCGAACAGCUUUACCUCAGUACUCGUGCUGGUGAUUCUGAUCGGCUACUGGAUUGCAGGUCUAAAUGGAACUUUGAGUAUCGUGCCCAGAAUCACUCCAAAGAAGCUGUUUUUAGCUGAUUCUGUCAUUAACGAUGUAAGUUAUACACUUUAAUUAACAUACCUUAUAUGGAUUAGGUUGUUCAAAUAAUUCUGUGCUUUUCUCAAAGCUAUUUUUCUUAUGCGGCACAGAAUCGUUUGAGCAACCUAAUAAUCUAUAAUAAUAUUACGAAUAUCUUCUCAUUUCAAAGUUUAAAAAUUUAUUUUCUCAACCAAAAUAAUUUAAAAAAUUUCAGAUGAACAUGUUGAGAGACGAAUACAUUCAACAAAGUUACUCGCCCAUGACAUUGUUUAUAAACAAUGCUACGAACCUUGAAGACCCGGUAAGAAACAGCCGACUUCGACAAAUGAUCGAGCGAUUCGAAGCCGAACCUCACAAUCUUGGAGCCGAAUUCUCACACUUCUGGCUUCGAGACUACGAUAAGUUCAUGGUAAGGGUGUUUACUGUUAUUGCGUUUUCGAGAGGAGAGGGGAGGGGUAAAACAAACUCUGUAGUAGUGCAUGAUAGUGCUUACUACCUUUUCCUGUUGAAUACUAUACAAUAUAAAUCAUUACUUUUAUAGGAAACAGCUGCUGAAGAACCAGAAGAUGAAGGUAUAGAAGCAGAAAAUGGCUUACAGUACGACAGACACCAUCUAGAUGCCUUUUUGAACUGGCCUGAAUACCAUCAUUGGGGUGGAUUCUUGAGAUUUGAUAGUAAUACGAAGUAUGUUUACCAAGGUUUCAUAACGUUUUCUUUGUUUGUAUUACCUUACUGUAACCUUUCUAUUUUAUAUUGUCUUACUGUAACUUUUGUACUUUUUAUCGUAGUUCCUUAAUUAUAUAAUUUUAUUCUAAUUUAACUUCAGAUCCCUCUCCAAAUUCAUGGUGAUAAUGGGCUUCCACGGUAAAGAACUAAUCUCCUGGGAGUACCGUGCCGUGCUUCUAAACAAAUGGCGUUCCAUCGUCGACGAAUUCCCUGAAUUCUCGGCUUCUGUUUGGGUUGACGAUGCUCCAUUCCUGGAUCAGAUCCAAACCCUGGUAUCAUCUACCACAAGCUCGAGUGCGUGGACGUUAGCAUGCAUGGUCAUCGUAUGUUUGCUGUUCAUGAACAACCUGUUCACACUGUCCGUAGCCACUUUAUCCAUUGUGUCAAUUUGUCUUGGAGUGUUUGGAUUUAUGUCGUAUUGGGGGCUGGACCUGGACCCCAUCUCCAUGGCCACUACCAUAAUGUCAAUCGGGUUCUCGGUCGACUUCCCAGCUCAUAUCACGUAUCAUUAUUACCGAAUGGGCGAGGAUUCUAGAUGUCUAACUCCACAGCAAAGGAUAUAUCACUCGUUGGUGUCUAUUGGGUACCCGUUGAUCCAAUGUGGCCUGAGUACAAUCUUCUUCGUGAUGUGUUUGAGGUUUGUGGAUACCUACAUGAGUGAGGUGUUUGUGAAGACUAUGGUAUUAGUCGUGUCACUGGGAGUUAUCCAUGGGCUGUUUAUCAUUCCUACGAUAUUGUGUGCCUGUUCGAAUGUGUAUGAAGCUUUCUGUAGUAUGGUAAGUUUGGUUUCUUACUUUUAAAACAGUUAGUACCUUGAUAUUACACUUGUAUUUCUUUAUAUUCUUUUUUCAUUAAAAUUCAAAUUUUAUAGCUAUAUCUAUAAACUAAAAUCAUAUCUAGUUAUUUGAAAUAUUAAAUUUUCAGAAAAAGCCAUCAAAACCUCGAGCAUCGCCAGGAUUCAGCCUGAGGCCAAAAAUCAUCCCAAUAGGAUCUUUUAUGACCAAACACUAA